GGCUAGGCGGCUCGUCUGGCUUCGGUCACAAAGGUAACAGGUUGGAGCUGCAUUUAACGAAUUUAUCUGUCUGUCUCGAAUUAUGGAUAUGCUCUGCUCUUUCAGAAGUAUUUUCUCUCAGAUUUAAAUAGUAUCUGCAUCAACACCAAGUAAAACAACAGAAGAGGACUCGAAAGUCGGAAAUAAAUUGAUAAAUUGUACUACUUUGACCAAAUAGCAGUAUGAGUACUCCGUCAGGUCGGAAGAGCCCCGUGGACUACGGGGUUCAGAUCCGCUUCAUCAACGACUCAGCAGGGGGGCUCCCCUCGACCCAGCUGAGAUCCAAGCCCCCCUCCACCUCUAAGUAUGGGGUGGCUGUCAGGGUCCAGGGCAUCGCUGGACAACCCUAUGUGGUUAUGAAGGACGGGGGCCCAAAGGGAGAUUCGUAUGGGGUGCAGCUCCGUACCCACUUCCCCCCAGGUUACGGCAGUCUGCCCCGCAGGAGAGACCGAGAGGAGGGAGGGGGGGAAGGGGGAGGAGGGCAGGGAGGGGAGUUACGCAGGGCACAGUCACAUGGUUCAUUACUGGAGAGUGAGGGGGGAGGAGAAUUUGGGAGACCACCAGGGGAUGGGAGGUCUGGUAGCUAUGGGAACCUGGAUGGAGGGAUUGGGGUCGCGGAAGAGAGAACGUAUAGAGGGGUGAGGGAGGGGGGUAUGGGGAGGAAUAUAAUGUGUGGGUCGUAUCAGUCCGGGCUCAAUGGGUCACUGGGGAGGGGAGGGGGGAGUCAGUAUGCCCCUGACCUCCAUCCUUCCCAAACAGAUCAGCCCCCCUGA